AUGAAUAUCUCUUGGACAGUUGGUUUUGACGGAAACAGCGCCAUUCAGAACUACACAGUGAAAAUCAGCGAAGAUAUGCAGACUUUCAGAGAUGCCAUAUGUCAAGGAACACUCUUAAAGAAUAAUUGUGUGGUUUACUCUACAAGAGUUUCUAUCAAAAAGCUGUUUCCAUGGACAACAUAUUACCUCAGGGUGUUUGCUAGGAACAUGAUUGGUUCUAGUCACUACAGCUCUGUAAUAAAUGUUACUACCGAAGAAGAAGGUGCUCUUUUUCUUUAUUUUGAGUUCUUUUUCAUUUGAUACAUUUUAUUUCGUACCUGUGUUUGGAGAUACCUUCGACAACGGUUUCUCAAUAACUGAUAAAUUGAUUAAGUUUUUAUUACUUGUAUUACAUUUACUUUUUGCCAUUUGUUUAUUUGCAUGUUUUGUUUGUUUGUUUGUUUUGUUGGCCUUUUUUUGCAUUGGUGUGGUCUCUCUUUUUUAACUCUGUAUUAGGCUUUCCCUACGCCUUAAGUUGACUUUGUUAAGUGGAAAUAUAUUGCUAUUAUACAAUUGGGCUUUGUAAGAAAAACUCAAUACUACAUUUAUAUGUUUCUUGUAACUCACGGAGAGAAAUGUGCUAUUGUUUGCUUACAGUACCAAGCUCUGCUCCACCUUUUAAUGUGACUGUCCUCAAUUCUACAGCUGUUCACGUUUUUUGGCAGGUAUUAGACCCACUUUAGAGUUCCCUGCUCCACUUACACCGAUAUCUAAAGUUCUUUAAACAGCUUUGCUCUAAAACACUCCGAAAAAGAUAACACUGAGACAUGUACAGCACCACAACUGUGCUAAUAUCACAAUGAAUGUAUAAACAUCUUUUGAACUGGCUGCAGGAGCCAAAGAAAUGAAUUUAUCGCACUGUAUUGCAAUAGACUUGAGGAAGAGAUGUAGCAUGUAGUAUAUUUAUCAAGUAAUUGUGGUUAAAAGAUAUCAAUAUUUAUCAUGGAAUUUCCAAUUAUUGUUUGGAGAGAGUGAAAACCGAAAGAAAAUUUUGGAGCAUGGUUAAAAUGCCGUGCGAGUGAAUAAUUACUUAGGGGCUGUCCUGGUGUACCGGUACACGGGGGAAUUCCUAUUGUUUUCACAUCCAUACAUGGAGUUGUGACGCAGUUCGUUAAUGUUUCGUUCCUUUGUGUACCGGUACACGAGGACAUAACCAUUACUUAACAUAAUAAAAUUAGCAGGUUGAUAUCUUUGUUGACUGAUUUUAAUCUAUUUGGCUUCCUCGUCACAAUUUAGUAUUAUUAUCAUUGCAAUCCAGAUGCUCGCGAAGCAAGAUGCUAGAGGUGCUAUACUGGGCUAUUACAUUCUGUACAAGAGAAAAAGCGAGCCAAAGGUAUCGUGGAAGAACAAAACUGUUGACAGAGCGGAGACCACUUCUUUAGUGUUGGCGUCUCUAGAUGAGUACAUAUCAUACCAGUUUUCCAUACAGGCCUUUAACCGCAAGGGUGUCAGCAGUCGGAGUGAAAUUGUGGAAAGGAAGAUAGAUGGAGGUGGUGAGUUGCUUGAGAAGCGAUUAACUGAAAUGAUUAAGUAUUAAUUGUUAAGUAUAUUAACUGAAAGAAUUAAGUAUUGUGAUCAUAGCUUAAGAAUAAUCUCGAUUUUGGAAGCGAGCACGUGGCAAUUAAAGGAACCAGAAAAAGGUAAAAACGAGCGAUAAAUUUCGCUUUGAGUGACGACUACGAGUUAUAUAACAUAAUCAAAAAUUAUUGCUAACCAACGUUCGCGGGUCUUGAUUGCUUUAUGAGGAUUACAGUCUAACUUGUCCUCUAUUCAAAAACGAUCUUGAUCACACAUUAUCUUGAACUGAAACGCUAACUAUAAUUUUCUGUCGAAAAAGAACUAAUCACCUAACCACAAAAUAUUUCGCAGCUUCUUCGGAAGCGGCAACACUCAGCUUCAACGGAAGCAGUUAAAGAUAAACCAUAACAACUGAAUACAUGUUCAGGUCCAAGAGCAACUCUCAACGAAGUGUCAAGGUAGUCCAAGAUUUCUUUGGUUUUCCUCUACUUCGUUAUGUGAGUGGUCCAGAAAAGUCGCGCCCGGUCCUUACGUCACGACCGAGAGCCAAAUGUUUUCCCGUUCGGCUCGACCAAACUCAGUCAAUGAGCAUUAUACCCACUUAUGGCCACUACGUGUUGAAAAUUCGAAAAAUUUGUUUCAACCUUAAUAUGACGAGAUAGAUGUAAUUUUAUUCGAAUGUUUCGUUUGUCUUCUGUGAAUGUGGCUUUGAUUUAAAUACUUCACUGGGAAAAUUUAAACGGGUUUUUUUGCUUCUAAUUUCUUACCAAAGGUAAACUUCGUUUGGAUUACUGAGAGAUGUUCCGAAAACUACGCAAACUCUAAUGAAAUCAAAUUGCUGCUUACGAGAUUUUCAAGCCAGAAGGAAAAAUCGUGAAAAACGCAGUAAAGCUACUUGGACGCAAAACCUUCACUUUCGCAAGAGCACGUGGUCUCGAGUAAAAUAUAUGCUUGAGUGACUUAAUGUAAACUAAUAUCGCGCGGAUAGAACAAAAACUAAAUUGGACGCUUUGUAAUCUACAAUUUGAGAUUUGAAUUUUUCUCUUUUAAAUUCGUCACCUGUUUUGCUGUUUGUUUUGUUUUGUUUUGUUUCGUUUCAGCAAAACAAAAUCAAAAAGAGCAAAAUUACGUGAUCUGCUUUUCGUGUUUUAAAAUUUAGUUGGUGAGUGCGUUUACCCCACUUAGUAUGAAAUAAUGUUUUAAAAAAUAUAUAUUAAGCGAGAAAUUUUCUCUCUGGAAAAUUUUUAUUAUAACACCAAAUAGUAUGGACUUUACAGCUUUCCUUUGUUGCCAAAAUUAGGUUUCCAGAUUAGCUUCCUUUGCUACAACUUUAGCGGCCAUUUUUUUCCUUCUCAACUUGUCGUGGCAAUUAAAACUACUACAGCUUGGAGCGCUUUUGUUUUAUUGGUUUUAAGAUGGAAAAGGUUGGGUUGCAAAAGUCGCUUUGGCCUUCAACUAAGACCUGUUCUUUUCUCCAUCCAGGAGUAUGAUAAGGUAUCCGUGAACUAGUAUGUAAACUUCCUGGGGAAAGAAUAUCAUUCAAAGUGGUUUUAUCGAAAUAAUUAAGAGAGAUGCACUUAUUAUUCGCCUUCUAUAACGAGGAUCCGAUCCAAUGUGCACUUUAAAAACUGUUGAUCAAUCUAGUCUGCCUCUUUUAGUGAAGACGGAUAAACCUUCAAGUAAAUUGUAAACUUUAGUGCUUAUUGAAGUGUUGUUUAAUUCCUUAGCUAUUCCAGACCCACCACAGAACAUUACUGUUGACACAAAGGGUUCACGAGUUGUAAAUAUCUCCUGGACGGCUGGUUAUGAUGGAAAUCGUGCCAUUGAAAACUUCAUAGUGGAGAUCAGUGAUCACGAUCAGAUCUUUAAGGAUGUAGUUUGUCAAGGAUCACUCGCAAGCAGUGCAUGUGUGGUUUCCAGUCUCUCUACAACUGCCUCUCUUACAGGUCUUUUUCCUCGGACAACAUAUAAUAUCAGAGUGUUCGCUAGAAACAAAAUUGGCAGAAGUAGCAGCAGCCCUAUUCUGAAUGUUACCACAGAUGAAGCAGGUAUGCUGCUUACUCUAUGCAGUUUUUUUUGCAAUGUAUGAAGUGAAUUAUGUAUGAAAGCUAUACAUGUACCACAAGAACAUGGCAGGGGAUUGGGAUAUACACCGUAAACUUCUGGUAAUCGUUUGAUAUUAAGUGAUUCUCUCCUGAAGUUACCUGAUUUAAAGAAAUAUUACGUAAUGUCAUGUCUGUUUUGAAAGAACAAAUCUUGCUGCUGUUGUUUUGAAUCACCGCUAGUCUUUUGGACGUUCUUCCUUUUUACGCCGUGGUUCGAUGAUCAUCAGCUCUGAAGAAGAAAAUGAUCGAUUCGCAACGCCACCUCACCUAAAUUUGUACUUAACCGGCUUUAGGAAGCUCUUACGCACUUAAAUUUUCAGGAAAUUUAACCAAGUCCCAAAGGAAGCACACUUCUUUUCAGGGUUAUGUUACACUCUUAUCUAAGCACUUUUCAUUUAAGACGAGAAACAUAAGCUAAGUUGUGAUUUUGAGUGGUUCCUAUCAUCUGGAUUGACUGAGUUACGUGUGUUUACUCUGACCUCGUAUCAACGUAUCUAAAUACAAACAUUUGGUGACUUUUAUUUCUUUGAUUAUGAACGUUGUAUUGGCUUGAGAUAUCCUGUUUUUUUGACACGCUUGUUAUGUUUAACAUGUUCCUUACCUGACCAUGACAACUGAUUUAAACAAACUUCCUGUAAGGCUUUCUAAGCAGGUUCGAAUCGUGAUCAAGGGCCCUCGGGAAAGAGGUUUUUAGUCCCGGUUUGAUUGAUAAUUUUUAAGACAACAGUAUAACAAGAUCUGUAUCAUUAUUUCCCAUAGCCAGCUUUUAAAAGCAGUUUUUUUCUCAUUGACACAUAAACAGUACUUUUUGAUACUAAGUGUUUCUUGGUGAUAGUGUUUUUUUAUUGGUUUUGGUCUUGUGCUUCUUACAAAAUUUUGAUGUGAUAGAUAGCAAAAGACAAUUAUGUCCUCCUGACAGUAGGUUACUUUUAAAGUACUUUUUAAGCAGUGGAAGUUUUUUUGCUAAGUGCUCGUUCACAGAUUUUGCGACAGUUUACUUUUGGUCAUUCAAGCCUCCGUGAAAGUAGGAUGACGCGCAAGAUUGAUGAUUGCAAGUAAACUUUAUGAACGUUGCUAAAAUUCAGAUGUUAUUUUUAACAUCACGAUUAAAUGCGUGGUAGAAUAAGAUAGAAAGACGUUUCACUGUAUUUCGCGCUUUCUCGAAGUGAGUUGUGUCCAGGAGGGCGCGAAUCAUGAUGAGGAAAGAAAGGAUCGGGAGAUGAAGAUAAAAACCUGGAAACAAAUUUCUAAAUAGUACCUAACACAAUGGCAUUUAACGUAUAAGCUACUCUUACUAUACAGUAAAAAAAAUCGAGCAGUGUCCUUACAACUAAAUACUUUUAACACAGUUAUCAAGUCUAACUUUGAGAUUGAUUUAUCGUGUGUCUGCACGUAAAUAACCUGUUUCCUUAAACCAGAGAGAAACAGAGAAAGAAACAAAGAAAAAAACGAAGGUCAAUUCGUAGUUUUUCACACAUUAGAUUUAAAAAAAACGAUGUGACUGAGUUUGCAUAUGUGACAGUGUUAAAUAAUCACUAGUCCAUUACGUCACUACAAUCACUAUUUUGAAAAAUAUAACGGAUGAAUGAGGCAAAUUGCUUAAAACAUAUGAUGGGUUUACAGGACGCAGCGCAAUUUCAUCGUCAGGAAACUGAUAUUUUUUUGGUUUGGUUUGAGGCUGUAGAAUUUUGCUGAUAAACAAAAUUGUGCUGGUAAAAAUAAAGAAUAUGCAGGGGUGGGAAUGAUGCAAGUAUUUAUUAUCGUGCCAGCUUCAAGGGUGUGUUCUACACCUGCAACCAUGCCCAGUCAUACCCGACAGUCUUUUUUGUGGAUUCUUUCAAAUUAGAAACACUCGUGUCCUAAUUUCUACUAGCCAUGAUAUACUGUUAGUUUUCUCUGUUUCGCAGUCUUAAUACAAUUAUACAAAGUGCAAGAUAAAACUGUAAUGUGACCAAAACAAUAAAAAAUUCAAAUUUCUGCAGCCUGUUUUCCGCUCGCUGUAGCGUAAUGGGUUUGAUACGUUUUGAUCAAGUUAGCCAGUCAUUAUUUUCUUUCAUUAAAAUAUGAUUUCCUAUGUACAAGAGAUAAUUUAAUUUUAUUCUAACAUUCUACGGUGAAGCGUGUUGUACUCACCGAUACCUAAAUGUGAAACUGUUAUUUUAUGUUUUCCUCGAAUAGCACCAAGUCGCGGAGCGGAAAAUGUUUCUUCUAGUGAAGUAAACUAUACGACAAACAAAAUCACUUGGGCAGGACUUCCUAAAGAAGCGGCAAAUGGCGUUAUUAAACUUUACGAAGUCCGUCUCGAGUUAAAGGAGAGCUGUUUGAAGGUUGACUUUACCUUUCCCGCUAUGAACACAACCAAAACAAGUGUAUUACUGACUGGCUUCUGGAUGUGUGCAAAGUACGAAGUGCCUGUUAGAGGUUACACUGUGGCAGGGCCUGGACCCUAUGGCAAAGCUAUAGUCGUUCAAACAAAAAGUAUGUUGGAAAAGUGAAACUAAUGAUCUGUUGCAUCGCCUUUAUACUUCAGAGUUUUCAUCAAGUUAUAAUUUUUUUGUGUCCCGUACUUUGUCCUUAUCCUAAACCUUAAAAAACACGGCAAAGUGUUCAGCAUUUUCGUUGCCUGCUUCUCAAUGACAUAGUGUGGCCAGAUAGUAAGCCCUUGAGUUUUCAUUUUCAAUGUGGGUGUAAGAUCUGUCUUUUCUUUUGCUUGCACAGGUUUGAAAUUAUCCCAAACAUGGUCAAAAGAAACACCAUCUCCACCUUCCUUCUCUCAGAUUCCAAGUGGAGAAGGCAUAACAGCAAAUAUAACAUUACCACGCUUUCCAGGGAUUGCAAAGUAUGAGUCCUUUUAUUGAACUUUUUUUUCUUAAGUGAAGAAUUUGCGAAUCUCUUAAGCUUUAUGCGGAAUUAAUGAACAUCCUACUUCACAGGUUCUUUCAAGUCAUUGUUAUAAGAUACAGCGUGGACUAUACUGGUGUGGUUAACUCACCUGAGAGUUUUACACCAAAGGAUUUGAUGACGUAUGAAGAGGCCCACAAAUCUCCGGUUUCUGCCGCGUAUGCCACUUUUCAGUUUAGAGGGCAGGACUUUGAUGUGUUCCGAGAAUUUGUUGUUGGAGAUGGAAGACAUUCAAGCAGUAAACCAAGAAAUAGGAGAGGCAGUGAUGGGGAGGUCUUUCUUAACAAACCACUCCAGCCAAAUACCAAUUACAGAGUGUUUCUCAGAGCCUUUAUAGAGAAGGUACAGUGACGAACGUCCUCUUUUGAAAAUGCAAACUCCUAAGACAAAAUUCAAUCUUGUUUCACUCGCAUUACAUUCAACCAUCGCUUAGCAAGUUACGUACUACUGUUCGGCCAAUCAGUCAGUCAAUUGGUCCGUCAGAUGUAUUCUUCAUUGAAGCUUUUGAUUUCAAUUGUACGAUGGGGAACAAGUAAAGAUACUUUGAGCGCAGAAAAAAAUCCUAGAGUUUUAUGGGUGAUUUCUUUCUUCCUGCUUUUUUGAUUGCAGAUGGUGUACUUUUCUAGUAACUUCGUAACGAUUGAAACCAAAGGUAAAGUUCAUGGAAUUCGUUUGUCACUGAAACGACAAAUUUUCAACCAACUCGAACAAAUAAAUUACUUAUUGCUUAUGUCAAUGAACAGCUACUUCAACAACCUUUUAGGCAAUAAAUUACGGAGUAAUAGUUUCUUUAUUUUCUCUGAAAGAUGUCCCGUUAGGCUCUCGCAUUCAUUGAGACCCUUAUCACAUAUGCCCUUUAGAGGGUAGAUCCUGGGUAAUUUCUUUUUCUCUCUGAGAAAAUGACCCUUACGAUUUGUUAUUGUUGUAAAAACUGCCGCUAACUUAGUGAAAUUCUACCAGGCGAGCCCGCCGUCAAAGACCUACCGGAAAGAACCAUUUUUCAAGUUGGCGAUGUGGUAGUAUGAACAUGUGAGGCCACUGGAGAUCCUAAGCCUUCUGUUACAUGGAGUAAAGAUGGAAAUACCAGUAUACCACGGGCUCAAUUCAGAAACGAUGACCACAUUCUUGUCAUUCAAGAGGUCGCACCUAGUGACGGAGGCAUUUAUGAAUGCAGAGCAUCAAACAUUUUUGGGCAACGCCGAACAGUUACAGCAGUGAUCAUCGCCGGUAAGUAUCAUCAACUGUGGUAUGACUGGCCACAAAAUGAAAUUUUUCCUUUAGCGAGCAGAAGCUAAAUACGAUUGAUGUCAGAUUUCAUGAGUGAAAUAUUCGAACCCAGGACCCCAUGAACUUUCAAAUAACGGGUAGAAACUAUGCUUAUCAGCUGUCAGAAAGUAUUAGAGGUUUUUUAUUAAACGUUCUCCUGUUAACGCCACCUACUCUUAUUCUUUUGCUGUGUGAAAGAUGUUGAAUCUUACCUUUUUACCUCCUUUUUAAACUCAGUGCCACCCAGCAUCAUGAAAGACGUUUCCCCUAGAUCAGUUCUAUGUGCAAAGGAAACUUCGUGUUCUUUGCUAUGCCACGCGACUAGUGACAUUCCAUUUUACUACUCUUGGACAAGGAAUGGCCAGGCUCUAGAUGGCCAUAACAUUAAGGUCAUGAACAACAGUGUUAUUAUCUCUCCUCUUGAUGAUCAAGAUUUUGGAGAUUAUGUGUGUCACGCCACAAACUCAUUUGGAUCUACAACUUACAAAAUAACUUUGUCAGAAAGCAGAGAAGAGAAAAAUAGUAAGUGUUGUCAAUGUUAAACGCUCUCAACGUUCAAGAAACCUUUGAUCCUUUACAGUUCUAUCUGAUUUCAGUACGUAGUGUUUAUGGAUACUUUACUCCGUCCACAGGCGGCCCAAGCUCCGGCUGUGAGAUGAUCAUCUUGCGAAAUAAGAGUCAUGGCGAAAUUAUAAGAGUUUGUUUGGGAAUAUUUACGACCGAUGUUAGGAAUAAAAAAUACAAUCAAAUUCUCAAUACAAAUACCUCACCUUACUUCCACAGUGCAUCGCUUGUUAUCUGACCGUUUACAAUGUUGAAAAGUUUGUAAAGGAGGCGGGUUACCAAGCUAGUUUUUAAUGGUCGUAUGUCAGAAUGACUGUGUACGCAGACCAUUAGAGACGUUUAAACUAGACAUUUUUUAAGCAAACUGCGGUUUAGCGUCGGUUUCACGGGGAGGAUUGGGGUUUUUAGCGAAUUGAAAUGAAACUACAGUAUAUGUGCUUGGAUUUUCCAACAUAGUAAGUGGUCAGAUAACAAGCGAUGUACUGUGGAAGUAAGGUUAGGUAUUUUCAUUGAGAAUUUGAUUGUAUUCUUUUAUUCCUAAGAGCGGUCGCAGGAAUGGGCUCCUGGCGGUCGUUAAUAUUCCCAUGCAAACUUUUAUAAUUUCGCCAUGACUCUUUUUUCGCAAGAUGAUCAUCUCACAGCUGGAGCUUGGGCCGCCCGUGCUACGUCAAAUACGUUUUCCAUCAAACGUUUAAGGAGGCUUUAUAGGGUUUUUUGACCGCGUGAGAUCAGGGUACGUACGUAGCGCGAGCUUUAAAAGUGUCAACUUGCAAGACAAGCAUGGCGGCUCAACACGAUCGCACGAUUGUUAUUUGAAAAUUUUGAGAGAUUUCAGCGAGGCAAAUUGAAGAAAAUUAAAGUCAAAGCCAAAUUUUCACUGGCGAGCGCCUCCCUUCGUAAAGCCUUAGCUUAAUGACGAAAAUCAUUUUGAUAAUAUUUACUACAGCAAACGAUAGUCCGAACCUUGCUUAUCGCCAUUUGAUGAUGUCUAGUGACCUAGAAAAGCGAAAUCGUAUAGAGAAUAAUACAUGGUUGCUUGUAGAUAUGGAAUUUCUCUUCUAUCGAGUUAAACACUGGAAGAGAAAUUCCAUAUCUACAAACAACCAUGUAUUAUAUUGUUUAUCAUAUAAACACAAUAGCCCCUUAUUGGGAAGAAAAGCCGGCUUCAAUAAUGAAUGAAAAUAAACGAAUCGACAAUCCUCGAAUGACAGUCGUAAAGUGCGUUGGCGCUGACUUUUAAUUAAGAUGGAAAAUUGCGUUGAAUCAUGAUUACAAACGCAACAAUGGUCGUAAUUUUCAAUUUACAAGAUUCUCAUUUAUUGACUUUGUCCUUACCGACAGAAGAAGUCUUUCAGGUACUCGGCUAAAAUCGGCCAGUGGCAAAUCUUCCAGUUGUCGAUUUUCAUUCUCAUCCGAGAGAAAUGCUAACACCAAAGCCACUGAAUGCGCAACUUUCGGUUUAUUUUUUUACUCAAAGUUUGAAACUCAUUGUCUGUCAGCGAUACGGAUUUUUUAGUGUUUUAGCCGCCAUAAUUCGAGAUGCCUCCGGCACACAACUUGCGUUGAGAAUCGUGAAGGCUUUGCCGUUUAUUCAUCAACCUGAUCGAGUGGCGCCAAAAGCGAGUAACGUGUCAGCAGCUGAUUGGCUAUAUCAAUACACGUGAAUAAAUACGAUAUUUUUUCACGUGUGUUGUUACGGUUUCUCUCAGGGCCGGAAAUCCUUGUAUAACACCGCAGUUUAUGUGAUUAAAAAAAUUUCUAGAAAAACAUUACGCUAGCACGCGCGCCCACAUUGAGAAAAAACCCUAUAGAGCCUCCUCAAUUUGAUAAUAAAAUUUUUGUUUUUAAUUCUUAUCUUGUAGUUUAUUUUCAGAGGAACCUACAGUAGGCUAAAAUCUAAGCACAUGCAUUUAAAAUCGAAGAAAAUAAAAAGAUAAGACAAAACGAAACGAUUAAGAACCAAAACACUUAAUAAAUAUAUAAAAAGCAAGGUCUCAUGACAAAACAAAAGAAAAACAAACAAACAACGAAAUAAACAAACAAGACUUUUGGUUAUGAUUUACAAUUAAUUUAGAUUAGAACAUUGGGAUCAAAUAAUGUCAACCUCUAUGCCACUUAUAGCUUUAGAAUUGCCUUUUUUACCCAAUUUGAAUUUCGUUUUGACUUAUUUUCAAAAAGGAAGGUUUUCGUUUUUUUUUUUUGUAAUGUUUCAUAAUAAGCAAUGAUGUGAUUUCGAGGGAUUUGUUUUUACACAGUGUACUUCUAUUUAUCUGUAUAUUUUCUUUACUUUUUGGACAGAUGUACAGAGCAUCUUUCGGGUUAAUGACAUCAUAUGGUCAUGGAUCGUUUUCCUGUUGCUUGUUUUGAUCGGUGUAUUGAUAUGGCGGCUUAGAAGAGCUCAGGCGAGCAACAGACCAGCGACUGCUAAGAAAGCCACCAUUAGAGAUACUGUCCAGUCUGUCUUUCCACUUGAGCAGCAUGCGUCAGAACCAGCGUUAUAUAUGGAGCUACGUCCCAGGCCUUCGGAAGGACAAACACGAGUCCCCCCUGAAUACCAGUCCUUACAAGGGAGCCACGUGAACGCUGGGUAUUACAACGUGGUUCCCGAGGGAGGGAACAAAAGGGGAUCAAAUCAAGAAAUAUAUGAGGAAAUAGAGCUUUCAGAUUUUUAAUUUCUAGUUUUUAAGGGAGUUUGUUGUUACACAGUCACAUAUAGAUAUAGAUAAUUUCAACAAUGUUGUAGCCUACUCGCCAACUAAACGUAAAAUAGGAAGGUAUUUAGGUUUUGUUAUAAAAUAUGCCUCUACAGAGGAUCAUUGCACAAUACACUAAAUCCGUUUGAAUAUUGAC